AGCCGAAAGUGAACUUGACAAUGUGGUGCAGUUGCUUGAAUAACUGUCACUCUUUCUUUUUGCGUAAAGCAUUUAUUUUUAUGCCUUUGCAGUGUAUUGGUAUUUAUAUUUUGUUUUUUGUGCGCAACGGAAUUUUAAUGUUGAACUAGUGACUGAAAUUGAUUUGAUGGAAACAUGACGAGAGGUUCAAGCGGACCGGGUGCCCUGAACGCGUUUGUGCUUGUCGCAUUGGUGACAUUUUCAUUGGCGAAUGGGAAACAGUUUAUGUUUUAUGGACAAAUUGGUGAGAAUAAACCUACUGGAACUGUAGUUGACGGAGUUGCUUUAACAUUUGGGAACGACUGCAAGGGUUUAAAACUUGAGACAGAUUUACAAGGGGAGUAUGCGUCAGAUUUUCGUUUGGUUUACCAUCAAGGAAAACAUCAUCUCAUUUUGAAAUCCACCAAAACUUUAGACCGAGAGCUCAUAUCAUCUUAUGAUUUUAGAGCUGUUCUGUCUGGAUGUUUUCAAAGUGUAUUUUUGAUUGAAGUUGAGGUGCUCGAUUCAAACGACAACAUACCCAGUUUCACCAGUGUGAAUGACAUACGAGCAGUGAAUGAAUUGACUCCGGUCGGUUCCGAAGUGGCACGUUUUUAUGCGAAGGAUGGGGACGCUGGAAAAAACGGUCGAAUAACUUAUUACGCGUUCCCAAAAUGUGAAUAUAUCCACAUAGUUCCGCAAACUGGACAGGUAAAACUGGUUGAUUCACUCAUUGGUGUCUCGAACAUAACAGUACAAAUUUACGCAAAAGACAACGGAGAUGUUGCACUCAUAAGCAAACCGGUGACACUUCACCUUGAUGUGCGAAGACCUGCCCAAUCGAAGGUGAGAAGGCCACGAGCGGUAUCUGAGGAGCUUUUCUACACGGUGACAGUGUCCGAGGAUGUCAAAGUCGGGGACAUGAUCUUCACGGUACCGGACCAAAAGUUUGAGAAGAGAUGGUUCGAGGUGAUUUCGGAGGCCGACUCGCCGGUCCAGAUAGAGCGAGACUCGGGUCGCCUGUAUCUGGCGCACAGACUUGAGUCUCCCGCGGAGGUCAUGGUUAAGAUCCAAAAUCUCAGAGGUGAAGAGUGGUACCUGUGCAGGCUGACCUUGAGCAUGCCCAGCCUGGCUGAUCUCCAGUGGGGCAUGUUCCCCUACCCCUACCUUGCCUCUGUGGGGCCCGACGCAGCGCCCGGCUCUGUGGUCUACCGCCUGUCCGCCCGCCAACGAAGCGGCUCCCUAGGGAACGCCCAGUUCUUGCUCCUGGAUGGUGGCGAGCAAUCCUUUGAGGUGGACCGCAGCUCAGGGGAGGUGAGGACCACGGGACGACCCCUGACCCCUAGCAGGGAGUACAUGAUGCGCUUUCAGGCUGUGGACGCGCAAGGCAGGAAGGGUCCCCCUGCAACAGUGGCCAUCCUGGCAGGGUUCCGCCCUCCGCAGUUCACCAACACCUCCUACAUACUGAGCGUGCCCGAGAACACUCCAGUGGGACAGGCAGUUGCUGUGGUUCAGGCCAUCUCCUUCCAGAGGAAGACCCUGUCCUACAUGCUGCUGGUGAACCCAGGGAACCUGUUCUCCGUCAACCAGGGGAGCGGCGCCCUCAGCCUCACGCGCCUGGUGGACUUUGAGAGCGGACACACGCUGCACACGCUGCAGGUCCGGGCCUCCGAGCCCGACACCGGCCUCAGCGGGGUGGCCGAGGUGGUGGUCCACAUCACAGAUGACAACGACUGCAGCCCGGAGUUCCUCCACUCAAUAUACAGCAGGGACAACAUCCCCGAAGCCACCACCGCCCGCUCCUCACUGCUGCAAGUCCUCGCUCGCGACUGCGACACAGGUCUCAACUCCGAGCUCUCCUACUUCAUCCAGAGUCCGGACUUUGACAUCACUUCCAGGGGCGUGGUCAGUCCUAGCCAGAGGCUGGACUACGAGCGGCCCAAUCACAUGUACGAGUUUGUGGUGGUCGCGGUGGACAACGGGACUCCGCCACGCACCGGGACCGCCUCCAUACGCAUCCGGAUGGCCAACACCAACGACGAGUGUCCCGUCUUCUCCCAGACUGUGUAUAAGACCUUCCUGUCGGAGGACGCCGGCCCGGACACGCUGGUGGCCAUCGUCCACGCCAAGGACCCAGACGGCGACGGCGUCUCCUACGCCAUCACGGGGGGGAACGAGGACAGCAACUUUGAGUUGGACAACCAGAAAGGCAUCAUCAAGCUGCGGCGGAGCCCGCCGCCUCGGCUGCGAGGGCCCCAGUACGUCCUGAACAUCACCGCCACGGACGACAACGCCGCCGGCGGGCCCUACCCCCUCAGCAGCUCCGCCCAGGUUAUAGUCGGCAUCAACGACAUCAACAACAACAAGCCGGUUUUUCAGGAGUGCCACAACUACAGCGUGAACGCCGGCGUGCUGGAGAACCAGCCGCCAGGGACGUUCGUCCUGCGCGUGCACGCCCUCGACGCAGACAUGGGGGUCAACGGAGAGGUCAAAUACGGCAUCAUGCACCGCGACGGGACUUCCUCGGCCUUCGACAUCGACCCAGACACAGGUGUGAUCACCAGCACGGUGAGUUUUGACCGUGAGCGCCAGAGAGAGUACGCCCUCUCGGUCACCGCCACCGACAUGGCCCAGGAGCCCCUCAUCGGCAUCUGCCAGAUCACUGUGCUCAUCGCCGACCAGAACGACAACGACCCCAAGUUCGAGAACAGCCGCUACCAGUACUUCCUGCGCGAGGACACACCGGUGGGGACUAGCUUCCUGCGGGCGGCGGCGCACGACGACGACCAGGGGAGUAAUGCGGCCAUAACCUACUCGCUGUCAAGCCAGAAGCCGGCCUACCUACACAUCAACCCCAGUACAGGCUGGGUGUACGUCAACCACCCCAUCUCACAGACAUCGAGGAUCAGCCAGCAGAUCGUGGCCACGGACGGGGGCAACCGGAGCAGCUCGGUGGAGCUCACCGUCAUCAUCACCAACGUCCACAACCAGCCCCCCCAGUGGGAGCAGUCCGAGUACUGGGUCACCGUCCCUGAGAACACCGUCCGAGACGCCAAGAUAGUGACCAUAAAGGCAACCUCCCCCCUGGGUGACCCCAGAGUGACCUACAACCUGGAGGAGGGCCAGGUUCCUGAGACCAACAUGCCCGUGAGGUUCUACAUCAAACCUAACCGGGCCGACGGCUCCGCCUCUAUCCUGGUGGCGGAGAACCUGGACUACGAGAGCACGCGCUUCUUCACGCUCCGCGUCCGCGUCCAGAACGUGGCGGCCGUCCCUCUGGCCUCCUUCACCACGGUCUACGUCAACGUUACAGACGUGAACGACAACGUUCCCUUCUUCCUGUCCUCCACCUACGAGGCCACCGUGCCAGAGGGGGCUGAGAUCGGCACCUCUGUGGCCCAGGUCUCAGCCACGGACCUGGACUCUGGACUCCACGGAUUGAUCAACUAUGUGAUACUGAAGGAUGAGAGUGGAGACUCCCAGUACUUCAGUAUCAACUCCCACACCAGGGUCAUCCACACGCGGACCUCCUUUGACCGCGAACAGAAAGGCUCCUAUCUCAUCGAGGUCCAGUCGCAAGACAGCUCUGAGUCAGCCAGACCUGGACAGCAGGGUCAGCCUAACACAGACACGGCCUACGUCCGCGUCUUCGUGACUGACGUCAACGACAACGCUCCAGCUUUUGCACAGUCGGUGUACGAGGUCAGCGUCGAAGAGGACAAGGAAGUGGGCUUUGUCCUCAUCACCGUGACAGCCAAUGACGAGGACGAAGGUGCCAAUGCCAAGCUGCGCUACCAGAUCACGUCAGGCAACACCAUGGGCACCUUUGACGUGGAGCCCGAGGUGGGCACAAUCUUCGUGGCCCAGCCCCUGGACUACGAGAUGGAGCAGCGCUACGAGCUGAGGCUGGUGGCGUCCGACGGCAAGUGGGAGAACGAGACCAUGGUGGUCGUCCAGGUGGUCAACCACAACGACGAGGCGCCAGUGUUCGGCCAGACGGAAUACCACGCCCCCGUCACAGAGGAGCUGACCGAACUGCCCGUCUUUGUGCUAGAGGUCUCUGCCACAGACCCAGACCAGGAGGCAGACCAGAGUGCCUUGCGCUUCUCUCUCCACGGCCAGGGCGCCGGGAGCGAGUUCACCAUCGACGAGCGGACGGGCCGCAUCUACGCCCAGCGGCGUCUGGACCGCGAGGAGCGCUCCGCCUGGCGUUUCCUGGUCCUGGCCACGGACGAGGGCGGAGCCGGCCUCACGGGUUUCGCCGACGUCCUGUUGGAGGUCCGCGACGUCAACGACAACGCGCCGUUUUUCGCCUGCGCGGCGCUGGACGCCACGGGCUGCUUCGUGGGCCACGUGCCCGAGAACUCCCCCGCGGACACGUCCGUGAUGGAGAUGAGGGCCACGGACCUGGACGACCCCAAGGCCGACAAGAACGCCGUGCUGACCUACCGCAUCGUCCAAAACGUCCGCAACGAGAUCAACCUCAACCUGUUCUCCAUCAACCCUUCGACCGGAACCAUCUACACGGUUCUGCGGUCGCUGGACCGUGAGGUUGAAGACAGGUAUCUAGUCGUGGUGGAGGCCAGAGAUGGUGGGGGUCUUACCGGAACGGGGACGGCGACAAUCCUUGUUUCGGACGUGAACGACCACCCGCCCGUCUUCACCCAGAGGGUCUAUACUGCUCAGGUGGCUGAAGAGCUGAAGGUGAACAGUGAGGUGCUGGCUGUCUCGGCUACGGACGGAGACCAGGGUGAAAACGCCGUGGUCACCUUCAGUAUCGUCGGCGGCGACGAGGACAGAAAGUUCCUCGUCGAGACAGACAAGGUGAACCGGCGCGGAGUGAUAAGGCUGAAGAAAGAGCUCGACUUUGAGAAGCCCCACGAGCGGACCUUCAACCUGACGGUGAAGGCGGAGGAUGCCGACUUCUUCAGCCUGGCCUACUGUCUUGUCCAGGUGGAGGAUUCCAACGACCAUGCGCCCGUCUUCCUCCCGCAGUUCUAUGAAGCGCCGGCCAUGUCUGAGGACGUGCCGGUGGGCACCAUUGUGGCUCAAGUCUCCGCUGCCGAUCUGGACUCGGGUCAAAAUGGCCGCUUUUCAUACAGCAUUGCAAAGGAGUCUGAUCCAUACAGCCAGUUCCUGGUGGACCAGUCUGGGUGGGUGGUAGUGGCCGAUUCUCUGGACCGGGAAAAGGUGUCGCAACACAGACUCAUGGUUCUGGCCACGGACACGGGUAGCCUGCCUCUUACCGGUACCGCCAUCGUCAUGGUUACUGUGUUGGACAUCAACGACAACGGGCCCGAGUUUGAGGUUCCGUAUAAGCCUAUUGUUUGGGAGAACAUGGCGGCACCUCAAGCUGUGCAAAUAAACGAAACGUCCACGCUUCUCUACGCAGCCGACAGGGACUCCUCCUCCAACGGCGGCCCGUUCUCCAUCCGCCUCCUCAUGCUGACCUCGGACGCCACCAACUUCAACCUGACCGACCUGCGCAACGGCAGCGCAGCGUUGACCGCCCUCAGGACGUUCGACCGCGAACGCCAGAAAGAGUACCGCCUCCCGAUCCUUAUGAUUGACAGCGGCUCCCCUCCAAUGAGCUCCACCAGCACGCUGACAGUCGUUAUUGGCGACAGGAAUGACCACCCUCACUCACCGGGCCACACUGACUUCAUUGUUUACCGUUAUCAGGGUGUUCUCCCGACGACGCUGCUUGGACAGGUUCAAUCCCCUGACCUUGAUGACUGGAGCGAGAAGGUUUACCGCUUCGAAGGGAAACCUCCAAGGUUGUUCAGUCUGAACCAGCACUCGGGCCAGCUGAGCAUCAGAGAUGGGGCCCCGCGGGGCUCCUAUAGCCUGCAGGUACGAGUGUCCGACAAGACGUGGCCGGACGUCACCUCCACUGCAGAAGUCCUGGUCCUGGAGCUGGACCAACAGGCCGUCCUCAACGCUGGAUCUCUUCGUCUCUCCAACAUCACAGUAGAGGACUUCUUCAGCUGCUCGCCCGGUCAUGAGACCAGGUUCUCCCGCCUGCGUAGCCAACUGGCCGAGAUCCUCCAGACCCAACAAGAUAAUGUCCACGUGUUCUCCGUUGCCAACGGCAACCGACGGGGCGAACGCGAGGUCAACGUGUGGUUCUCUGCUCACGGCUCGCCGUACUACAAGGCCGAGAAACUCCACGGUAACGUGGUGGCGAAUAAGGCAAAGUUGGAGGCAGCCCUGGGACUGUCCAUCGCCCAGGUUGGGGUGGACGAGUGCCCGUACACAGACUGCAGCCAAUCAGGUGGCUGCAGCACCGCCGUCACCUUCAGCCACGCCCCCGUCGCCCUCAACGUCGGGAACACCUCCCUGGUGUCCCUCUCGGCAUCCUCAGAGGCCCGCUGCGGCUGCAAGGCCCGGGAGAGCCUGCACCUCGCCUGCUCCUCCUACCCAGCGAACCCCUGCCUCAAUGGGGGAACGUGUGUGGACAGCAACCUGGGAUACAGGUGUAAAUGCCCCCCCAUGUUUGAUGGCCCAGAGUGCCAGCAGACCAAGCACACCUUUAGGGGUCAGGGCUACGCCUGGUUCCCCCCCAUCAGGCCCUGCUUUCAGAGCCACAUCUCCAUAGAGUUCCUCACGGAGUCGGCCAACGGGCUGCUCCUCUACAACGGCCCGCUAGGCCCCGCCCAGUCAGGGGAGCAGGAGGACUUCAUCGCUCUGGAACUUCGUAACGGUGUUCCGGUCCUCACCGUCAGCCAUGGGUCAGGAACGUUGACGCUCCAGUUUCCGGCACGCUCCACAGUCACGGACCGCCGCUGGCACCGCCUCGACAUUGUCAGCGACGGCAAGGCAGUGCAGCUGAUCCUGGACCAGUGCUCCGGGGCGGUGGUGAACGAGGUGGAGGGUCUGGGGGUGGAGGUGUUGGAGAUGGACCAGUCUGGCUGCAAGACCUCUGGGGAGACCCCCGGCAAUCAGAGGUUCCUGAACGUGUACCAGCCUCUCCAGCUGGGGGGGGUGAAGGAGACCUCCCAUCACAGACACUACCGCAGCUACACUGGCUGCAUCAGGAACCUGGUGGUGGACAGCCAGGUGUAUGACCUGGCUGCUCCGGGGGAGAGCGUGGACAGCGCCCCAGGCUGCGGCCUGACCGACGGCGUGUGCAUGACCGCCGGCGGGCCUUCGUGUGGCGUGCACGCCACUUGCCUGGGCGAGUGGGGCUCCUUCAGCUGUGACUGCCGCCCUGGGUACAGCGGGCACAAGUGUGACAAGGCUCUACCAGAGUGGUCGUUCGACCAGGACAGUAUGCUCCGUUACCAGCUGAGGGGCGGCGGCAGCCCUCGCCGCACGCACCUCCAGCUCCUCCUCCGCACGCGCUCCGCCUCGGGAACCCUGCUCUCCAUGACGUCCCGCGAUGCCAACGAGUUCAUCAUCCUGGAGAUUGUAGACGGCCACCUGUCGGUGCGUGCCAACCUGGGCGACGGCUCUCACUCUCUGCAGCUGCCCAGCCAGCGGGUGGACGGAGGGCAGUGGGUGCAGGUCAGCCUGUAUCGCCACGACAACGUGUUCACGCUGCGUCUGCAGCAGGGCGGGGGCUCGCGGGAGGCGAGGGCGCAGCUGGGGGGCAGACGGGAGAUGGUGGUCCACCCCUCCAGCGUGUUGCUAGGAAACGGGCCCUCCCCCGGGCCUCACGGCGACUUCCAGGGCUGUCUGCGGGACGUGAGGCUGAACGGCCACGCCCUCCCGCUGGACGGCCAGAGUACGGAGUUUAGCACGGUGCUGGAGCGCAGGGGCGUGGCCUCGGGCUGCCACUCUGACUCCUGCAGCAGCAAGCCCUGCCGCAGCCCGCUCUACUGUGUGGACCUGUGGAGGAAACACCAGUGCAGGUGCCCCGGAGGCCAGGUGGUGGUGACGGACGAGCCGUCGGGCCUCCAGCGCUGCGCCCCCUCGCCCUGCGGCCCCGCCUCCUGCCGUAACGGCGGCACGUGCCAGGCGCUGUCGGUGGACAGCUUCCAGUGCCGCUGCGCCGAGGGCUUCAGGGGCCAGCGCUGCGAGGUGGGCCAGGUGAAGGCCCAGCGCCUGGCCGCCCUCAGCCCCAGCUCCAUCCUCGCCAUCAGCAUGUGUCUGCUGGUCUUCUUUGCUGUGCUGGUGGCAGUGACAGUGUGGAACCAGAAGGGCAGUCGCAGUAAGUUCCAGAAGCGCGGCGUCUACCACAUCCCGGCGGAGCACGAGAGCUGGGAGGACAUCCGCGAGAACAUCCUCAACUACAACGAGGAGGGAGGCGGCGAACAGGACCAGAAUGCCUAUGACAUCACAGAGCUGAAGAGGCCCCUGUGCUCCAGCCUGUCCCAAUCCUCCUCCUGCACCACCGCCCCCCUCAUCAAGUCCUCCCAGGGCUCCCAGGAGGAAGUCCACCCGGCUGGGUCAACGUGCAGCUCGGGAGCCCCCUACCUCCACAUCCCCCACCACCACCACCACCACCACGACAACCACCACCACACCAGCGAGGCCAGUGACGCUAACGAAGCUAGCUACGCUAACACGGGCUCCCACGGCCACAUGGACUUCAAGAGCUACGUGGCGCGCAUCAUCUGGGAGGCGGACAGCGACAGUCAGGCGCUCCCCCCGGACAGCUACCACGUUUGGUCCGUCGAGGGCGCCGGCUCCUCCGUCGGCAGCCUCAGCUCCCUGGGCUCGGCCAUCUCCCACGGCAACGUGGCCGAGGCGGAGGCUGGCCUGAGCCACGACAGGCUGUCCCUGUGGGGGUCAAAGUUCGAGGUUCUGAGCCAGAUGUACGAGCGUCCAGGGCUGAAUCUGACUUACAGGGAUGCGCUGAGUUACAGCCAAAGGAGCCACAGCCAGGACCAGCUGCCCCAGCCUCACUAGGGCUUUUUGGUCAAGCGCUCCCGCCAUGCACAGCAUAACCCCCCUGACUCGGUGUCUGCCCCCCUCGUGUCUGUGUGAGGUCCGUGAGUGCUGGCUGGUCCUAAAGGAAACAAAGCACAACUGAAAGGGGUUCCUGUUUCUCUGCCAUGGGUCUGCAUAUAAGCUUUACGUAGCAGGAGAGUUUACAGUUCUCAGUACUGAUAUGGGUUUAUUUAUUGGGUUUAUUUGUCUCUGUGAAACAUGACAUUGUAUUUAUUCUGUCUUUGAACUGACAUGGGAGUCACGUUUCUACAUGUCAGUCCUUUUCUUUUUUUGUAAUAUAUAUUUGAUCUACUUAGCAUCCUUUUGGAUUCUGAACCGUCGUGAAAUGUUUGUUUUGGGAAUAUUGUCACUGAAACCAGAGAUUCUUUGAGGAUAUUUUGAACAUUCCACCAUGACCAAAUUAUGUGAUGAGCAUUUCUGUUUGUGCUUUUGCUAUACCUGACUGAAAUGAUAUUUCACUAAUUCUGUCAAAACCAGAUAUUUUCUGUCAUACUUCAAAUGAGUUCUGCCACUUUAUUUCCUGUAUUUCAGCAGGUUUAGUAAGAAAUGUCUAUACGCAAAAUCUAUUUUAGAACUAUUUUUUACUUUUCUUUUCCUUUCAUCCAUGGACCUGUUGCACUAGUGGAUGACCGUUUCUCCAUUGAUACUGCAGGAUCCAUUUGGCAAAAAAAAAAAAAACUAAAAAGGUACAAAUCUUAAAUAACAAGAAUUAGAAAAGCCUGGUCUUCUCCCCGGGUGAUAUAAAACUUGAUCUCAGUAUUGCAAACGUGUAUGAUAAAAUAGAACAGUAUGUUUCCGAUAGAAGAAGUGACUUAUUUUUAUACUCAAAAACAGACAGUCCACCCCUUACUCGAGUCGUGUACUGUGUCGGUGUGUCUUCAGAGGGCAUGGUGGGCCGAGUGUUCUUUUCUGCUACUUCUAGCUCUAUGUUGGUUAUGCAGGCGACGCCAAUCAUUUGGGACAUCUCUUCUGUCUGUCGUCUCAGAGACGAGAGGAUGCAGUUUCCCCCAUGGGGUCGCUGUGACAAAGUCUGAUGAAUGUAUCGUGCUAGUGGAGCCAGGGAAUGUCCCCACGGGUAGAGCCUCAACGUUGGGAUUGUUCUAGAAAAGCAACCAUUACAAUCAGAAAAAUACUUAUGUUGAUAACUGUUUUAAAUGGGCACCAAUUGUAACGGUUCUAUGUUUGUUGCCAUCGUAGUAGAUAGGUUAGACAAGAUAACAUUGCUCUCCAAAACGGCUUCAUUAUUAAUAAUAUUGGUCCCUUGGGAGCCCUCGUCUGGCACAUAGAUCAUGUAUGUAAAGCAGUGCUACAAUCCUACUACAGCUGUUGGGGUAGGCUACAAAUGAUGACAUGGACCAUGUUUUGAUACACUCUCCUAAUUUUGUUUACUAUCUCUCCUCUCUCUCUCUCUCUAUUUCUAUUAACUUCCGAUUAAGACUUAUUCCACUUCUAUUUCAUUCUCCCCCCCCUCCCACACACACACACACAGACAAACGUGUUUUUCAGUCUUGUUUGUUGAGCAUCACCUCACCCUGUACCCAAUAUACAAGUGUCCCUUUAAAAAUCUGUACUUGAGCUAUGCAUCUGGAUCUAUCAUGACAGUGCCAUUUCAAUGCGUUUUUCUGCACCAAAUGUGAUCUAGAGUGACAUCAAUCGUGAAAAAGCUUAUCUAACAAACAGCUAUGCUGAUUUGCAUCAUCGAAUAAUUAAAACUCGUACACAAAUGCACACGCAUACACUUGUGUGGAGUCAUAGGAAGCUCUUUCCUCCAUGAGAACUAGCCCACAUGAACUCUGCAAGCCGACUCAACUUUGUCCUUUGUUAGUAUGUAUAUAUGAUGUACAUAUGUAUGUUUUUUAGCAACCUAACGAUAUUCCUUUUGUAUAUGACUUUUAAUAAAAACAAGUUUCCCCAAGGCA